CUUAAAUGCUCAUUCAAAUUCAGCCCUCUUGAGCUCGCUCGCCCUUCCCGUGCGCUCUAUCUCCGGCCGCCGUUCCCAGCCGACCGCCGAUUAAGAUGAAAAUAGCUGUAGAAGGGUGCAUGCAUGGAGAUUUGGAUAAUGUAUAUGCUACUCUAUUACACCUGCAAGAAGUUGAAAAAAUCAAGAUUGAUCUUCUCAUUUGCUGUGGGGACUUUCAGGCAGUUCGAAAUGAGAACGAUUUGAAGAGCCUAAAUGUGCCGUCCAAGUAUCGGACUAUGAAUUCCUUUUGGAAGUAUUACUCUGGGGAGAAAUCUGCACCAUUUCCAACGAUAUUCAUUGGUGGGAAUCACGAAGCAUCCAACUAUCUUUGGGAGUUAUACUAUGGUGGGUGGGUUGCGCCACAAAUUUUCUUUCUCGGAUUUGCAGGCGUUGUUAAGUUUGGAAAUGUUCGUAUUGGUGGGCUGUCUGGGAUUUAUAAAGCCAAUCACUAUUAUUCUGGACAUCAUGAGCAGCUACCUUACAAUGACCAACACAUCCGGUCCAUAUAUCAUGUUCGCGAGUAUGAUGUGCAAAAGCUUAUGGAAGUUCAGGAACCAAUAGAUAUUUUUCUUUCUCAUGAUUGGCCUCUUGGUAUUACUGAUUAUGGGAAUUCACAAGAUCUUGUGCGCCGAAAACCUUUUUUUAAACAAGAGGUACCAUUUAGUAAUUUAUGCAUGCAUUGAUUACUGCUCAAGAGAUCUUAUGGCUAAAUUGAGGCCUUCAUAUUGGUUUUCUGCACAUUUACAUUGCAAAUUUUCUGCUCUUGUCCAACAUGGAGAAAACGGCCCGGUUACGAAAUUUCUUGCCCUUGAUAAGUGCCUCCCUGGAAGAGAAUUUUUGCAGGUUAUCGAAAUUGAAUCAGAAGCAGGGCCUCACAGUCUCCAGUAUGACGAAGAAUGGCUUGCAAUCACUAAGAAAUUUAACCCAAUCUUCCCUCGGACAACAGCACGGCCAAAUUUUAGUGAUGCUAAGCUCAAUAUGGAAGAGUGCCUCCAGUUUGUGAAGAAUAAGCUGCAAACACGAGGCAGCGAACCUUUUGAAUUUGUUAGAACUGCUCCCUGCCACAAAUCUUCUCAACCUGUGGCCAACGAUUUUCCUCCUGGACAAAUUCGGAACCCUCAAACAGAAGCUCUAUUAGAGUUACUGGGCCUUCAGUAUUGUCUUGAUUAGAGGGACCUAUCUGAAUAUAAUGUCCGUAUAUGAAGUCCUUCACAGAACAUUCGAACUGCAGUAUUUUGAAGUGGCAUUUUCAUGAUCGAUGGUAAUAAGGUACUUGGAAGUAGAGUGGGGAUCGUCUCAUAGAGCAUCUUCUACUGUUAGCAUAACACCGUAAACUUUAAUGCACUUUUGAAAUCUUGAUGGUUGUAUAUUUGUGGGAAAUGUGUGGCGGCUUCAAAUUGUGGGAAAUAUUUAUAGUUUGUCACUUGUCAGUUAUACAUAUUUUGUUUUGUAAUAAAAAUUAUUUAGACAAACUAGUAUUUUAUUUGGGUGAUGUGCAUGUGAAGACUAAAGACACGAUGUUUUGAAUUUGGUUUACUUUGCAUACAUUGUGAUCUUUUUGGUGACAGCAAGAAUUCAAAAGAGUUGCAUAAGUUACUGGGUUCUUAUCAAAUAGGAUUCACAAGGAAUGUGUAAUGCCACGUUCUUGAUGUUUGGUAUAGUUA